CUAGAGGCUCCCCCUCCACCACCUCGGAGGGGAGGUUCGCAGCAUCAAAUAUGUCCUGGCAGCAAUUGUAACGGUACGGCCACAACGUUCCUACAGCUGAGCCAGGAGCAUCUGAAGCAGCCGGGAAUGAAACUGUUCCCCAACUACACCCCACCGAUUCCACCGCACACCGGAACCAAUAGCAACGCCAGCACCGGCAACUUCUCGACGUUGUCCAACAAUGUCAACAACCAUCACUACCACCAAAUCACCUAUCAGACGCAAACUCUCGCACCGCUCCGGCUGAACCAGGACCACUUUAACUCCAAAACGAACACACUUGGUGGCGGCGGAGGAGGAGGAGGGUUGACAGUCUGUUCCGGCCAGCCAAAUGGUCGCCAGAAAUAUCAAACCCAUCACCAUCACCAUCAUCACCAACAUCAGCACCCGCAGCAGCAGCAGCUACAACAGCAACAGUCCCAUCACCAUCAGUUGUCCGACCACGAGCUGGACGACGAUGUGUUCGACGAUAAUGAGGAUGACAGCAACAAUAGUGGAACCACAUCGCCACCACCGGCAUCGCUGCAAAUGUCACCGUCCACGCCGACGCCCCCGGAGCUACCGAUCCGCAAUGGGUUGGUGGCGAAUUACAAUGUAAAUACACUUAAUCACAUCAACAAUAAUACCGUCGUCGUUGCUGCCGGUAGUGUUGCUGGUGGUGGUGUUGGUAGUGGUGGAGGAGGAGGAGGUUGUGCCAUUCGGGAGAAUGGCAUAAAAAUGUCAUCCCCCGGUACGGUUGCCAUCACUGGCGAACGCCCGGUUGUGAUGAACGGUGGUGGCCGGAAGGCAGCUCGACACUAUCACUGAUAGAGUGGACCCUUUGGCACCCUGGAUCGACGGGAACUGAGGGAAGGAGGAAGUGAGCAUUUAGUACGGGAUCAGUGAGAGUGAACAGGUGAAGCUACUAGCUGUGUACAGUCUAUUUAUCUUUAUUGUGAUUUUUAAGAAAAGCUAAUUAUUGUAUUGUAACGGUUUGAAUGGAUUCCCCGUGUCAUCUUGGAGCGAGAGGUUAGGAUUUAAGCGGUCGCAUUUGUUGGAAUGAUAGAUGGCCUACUCUGAUGUUUGCAGGUUUAUUACGGUCGAAGACGUGGCGUUUGCUGCGAGGAUAAAUGGGGUUGAUGUGACAUAAUUUAUCUUAGCACCUAGUUCAAAUAGUGGGAUAACUAAGGGUGCGUGGUACUCGACUCUUCGCUUCGCUCAAUCGCGAAUAUUUUACGUUUUUCAGGCCAGGUUUUUUAGAAAUGAAGCACAAAUGUUUAUAUGUACCUAUUUACGCGCAAUCCAAUCAGUUUAAGUCGAGUUAACAACGAAAUGGUGUGAUAUCCUAACUAAUGAGACAGAUAAGGGCUCGUUCACCCUGUUUCCGUAGAUCUACAGAUUUGAAAGUUUUCUACGAAUCUACGGAUUUGUUUCGAAAUCUGCGGGAAUUCAACUUUUUCUGCAGAAAUCUACGGGUUUAUUUCCGGCGUACUUUGCCCUCAAUGAUCGACGGAUAUACUUUCUAUUGGGAUGGCAUGAAAAAGACAAGUCGGAAGUGUGUUUUAUAAAAAGCGUUUCUUUAAGGGGAGGUUCUCAUUCAAAAUUUUCAAAAAUUAGAUUUUUGGAUUCUUUGAAAGGUCUAGAAUAUUGUGUCAAACGAGUUUUUCGAUCCGCGAAUCAAAACCAUUUCUACAGGCCAUUAUUCGAAGCGGCAUCCUAGCCGCCAUAGGACACUCUCGGCUUGAGACGCGCGCCUCAGGUAGAAACCUUUUCAUGGGAUUAUGUACGUUCCCAGAAUACUUCGCGUUAUACUAUACAUGUGUACAGCUCUCGAGAACGCAUUCAGGGCCGUAGCGUGGUCUUCUGGUGCACUUGGCAGAAUCUUAGCGUUGCGUCCCUUUGAUUUAUUUCUGAUCGACUUUUCAACAAUAAUUUAGCGUGAACAUGAACAAUGUGCAUAGACGGUGAAAUACACCGAUAGAAAGUUGAGCAGAAUCAGCAAAUUCUCCGGAAAAAUUCUGACCAAUUUUCAUUCAAAUACAAAGUAUAAAGUAUUUUUAUAAAAAAAAUUUGGAAGCAAUUAGAUGUUUGCAGGCAACGGACGGAGCAUUUUCUUGGAAGACUUUGCGAAAUCAGUUGACGCGUCUGUUUAACUAGCGAUCAUUUCAGGUAAAUUCGAGCCACAAACUUGACUUAUACAUUCGUAAAAACAGUUGACGACUUUGUCCCAAACAUUACCCACCCAUCUUUUUACACAAGCGAGUGAAUCAAUGAUGCUUUUAUGAUCUGUUACUGGUUCAGAAUUCUUUGUGUCGGUUGCUAAGAAAAUCGGUAUACAUCACCAGCCUCGAUGUAUAUAAAUUGUAUCCCCAUUUUUGCCCUACUUUCACCUGACUUGUACGACAAUUUAUUACAUCUUCCAUAAUUUCGCAUUCUUUAAAUUCGUACAUAAGGGAGUUUACCUGAAAAAAGCCAGCUAUUUGUAAAAUGAAUGUCGAACAAAAUUCGUUAUCGAAAACUGCACACUUCCCGUUUCAAAAUUACUGUCGGGUCAAAGAUAAACCACCAAUAUUCAAAAUAUUUCGGAAUAACUGACGCGAAUCUUGAAAGAUCAUCAAGAAAAGCUCAGAAUUGUGAUAUCCUGUCUAAAACAAGCCAAAAGACGUUUUUGGUAACAAGAACUUUAUGAAUGACUACCGCGUCUACAUGUCCACUUACAAAGUUGAGAUCGAAGAUCGAGAUAAUUAAAUUAUUGAGAAUGUGUCUUGUGGAUAUUAUGACCGGCAGGGCCGUAGCGUGUUCGCCAUUCGAUCCAGUUUGUUUGGGCUCAAUCCCAGCCGAGGUCGUGAAGAUUUUUCUGAGGUGAAAAAAAUCUGUGGUCACGCCUUCCUUCGGAAGGGAAAUAAAGCCGUUGGUCUCCGAUCCAUUAGUCGAUAUCUAGUCCAGAUAGUGGGAGGGUCACCU